UAAUACCCGCUUUGCCUGCAACAAAAAUUAGCAUUAACGCUGUUUCAAGGCUAGAAAAUUAUAUUUUGGUUAUUGCUUGCGGGAGUUUGUCAUUUACAAGAACACUAAGAUGUCCUACCCCUAAGGCCAACAUUUUCACGUUAUUUACAAGCAUCUGUCCUCGCCAUUUUGACAUCCUACGUUUCGGGAAGGAGGGAGUUUCUGAUUCGAGUCGACACCCGACCGAGAGAGACGCUAGAUCCCAACUCUGACACCAAUCGAUGUGAGGACAUCAAACUCUGUUAAAACAGAAAUGGCUUGCAAGUUUAUGAACAUUCAAUGUCUUGGUUUACAUCACAACUCUCGUAAGAAAACAGAGCCCGCAAACUGCACAGUGAGCGGCGACGGCCUCACAACAGGCGCCGCCAACCAGCCUGUCAAAUUCACAGUACGAACAAAAAAUCCCGACCUGGUCUACCUUGAUGUGGACAUCGCCCGAAUCAUCAAAGAACGCACGAGCGACCCGAAACCCGAGGCGAUUCCGAUCGAGUUCGAGUGUGUUGAGGAGAAUUUGCACCGUGUAACGUAUUUUCCUAAAGUUGAAGGCGAAUACCAAUUGGCGAUUAAAUGGCGGGGUGUUCAUGUCCCAGGGAGCCCGUUCCUCGUGAAGGUGGGUGAGAAUGAUGCGUCGAGUGUGAGUCACGAGGAUGACGUAUGGCUGAAGAUGGGUCCGGAAGAAUUGAAGGACAGACAUGGCCGGAAGUAAACUUAAAGCAAUACCGCGGUCCCAGGACAUCACGGUCGCCGGAACCUAGGGGAGGGUAAUUAGCAUGGGAGGGGAGGGAGGGGUGGCUAGCCUGGGUCGCAAGCGCAAACAGUAAAGAGGAUGAAAAAUUUCAUCGCGCGCGAGAUAUGUCUAAGGCCCCUUGCGCUUGCUACGCCGACUAUAGAUGGCGGCCGGCGACUUUGUCCACGGGGAUUGUUUUAUGGACGCUACAUAAAUAUAUUUUAUCGACGCAAGCUAGGAAGUCCGUAUUCGUUAGCUUGGCCAAUGUGAUGCGUGUUUUGGACUGUGAAAAAAGCUGGGUGUUAUUAGCUAGUUUUUUCUUUGUUAUACUUUUUAUGUCGCUUACUUAGAGCUUUUGUGGUGAGACAAGAAAUUGAGAACAUGAUCCCCUCUUCUUUUCUAAUCAUUUAAACGCUUCAAAUCUACGUAAUGAUACACGGAGAGAUUUAGUGCUCUAGAAGCAUUUAACAAUUCUAUAUCCUACUACCCUAUGGCCCAUAUUCAGGCCGCUCUCCUGCAACAGAGCAGUCUUGACUUGCAUUUAAGGUGGCACGCGUCAAUUCAAUAGGAAUGCUUUCCAAAAAAAAUUCCCGCAUUUUCAAACCGCUCACAUACAAUCAUUAUUUACCGGAUUUCUCUAUUCUUCCAAAUUCUUAUGAAAGAAACCGAUUGCGGAAUAAUUGGGAUUAAUCGAAAAUUGUAAAAAGGCGACGAGGCGAGGGCUGCCGUUACAGAUGGAGAGAGUAAUCCAAGAAAGAACUUGAGAUUCAAAUGUUGUGAAUGUUACAUUCAUCGAUCGGACAGGACUGUUCAGACAGUAAGUCGCCAAGAGGACUUUAAAUAGCGGAAAGAAAUCCCUUCAAUGCUCACGUCAGCAAUGUAAAUACAUAAGCCCAAUUGAAUAAAUUCCUCUUGAAAAUGUGA